CAUGACCCCAUCAGCUGCGUGGUCGUUGUGUUGGGAGAUAAGUUUUUCGAUUCCCUGGCUGGUAUGUACAUGGAUGAAACCUCCAGCAUAUGCAGAAGCUUUUGCAUGCAGAUGCCUUUGAUCUUUGCAAGAAGUUACCAUGCCUUUGCUUUAUCCCUCCUACUCCCCUGCUGCUACCUAGCUAGGUGGUACCUUGCAAGAUCAUCCAUAGCUUUUCCUUUUCUCCCCCUCUAAACCCAACUUUAUUCUCUCUUCCCUCCCAAAACUCACCCUUAAAAAGAAGCCGAUUCCUCCUCCGAUCCCCCAUCAAAACUAAUAGUGCAAACACUUGGUCAUAUCUAAGAAGCUUGUAGCUACAGCCAAUAGCGCAAGCUACAACACAAACACAUAUACUUGCACUAGUGAUUCUAGUGCAACGUACGGCUGAGCUUGGCAAUAUGGCUUCUUCGCCGCCCGACCUAACCCUAGACUACCAGCCCAACGGUGGUAGUGGCACGGCCGGCGGCAUGUACGCGGUGAUCGGGAAGCCUCAGGAGCCGCUCGUCGACGGCCACCACCGUCUGACGACGGAGCAGGCGACGCACAGGUUCCGGGAGUUCCUUUCACGCCUGGAGGAGGAGCGGCUCAAGAUCGACGCCUUCAAGCGCGAGCUCCCCCUGUGCAUGCAGCUCCUCAACCAAGCCAUGGAGGCGUACAGGCAGCAGCUGGAGGCGUACCAGAUGGGAAGCCAGCAGGGCGCGGCGAGGGCGCUGGUGCUGGAGGAGUUCAUGCCUCUCAAGAACAUCGGGAUUGACACUGCCGACAAGCCGGGGAACCCGCCGUCGGAGAAGGCGAGCUGGAUGGAGUCGGCGCAGCUGUGGAACGGCCAGGCGUCGGCGGCGGACACGGCAGCGAAGGGACCGCAGACAGCCAAGGAGUGCUCGGAGCACCCGCUGCCGAUUGACUCGCUCGGCGCCGCGGGCCAGCACAACGGCAGUGCCUUCCUCCCGUUCGCCAAGGACAAGGCCGUGGCGGAGGGCGCCGUCGCCAAGGCUUUGCCGGAGCUCGCCCUCGCGCCCGCGGAGAAAGACGCGGUCGCCUCCGCCGCCGAGGUUGGCAGGAAGCCGUACCUUGACGCCGGAAGCAACAACGAUGUGCUAGGCUCGCGGAGAGACAUCCAGAACGGGGUGAAGCCGGCCUCGACCGCGCCGGAAGGGCAUGUUGCGACGGCCCCGCCGCAGACCCACCGGAAGGCGCGGCGGUGCUGGUCGCCGGAGCUGCACCGCCGCUUCGUCAAUGCCCUCCAAAUCCUCGGCGGCGCCCAAGUGGCGACCCCGAAGCAAAUCCGCGAGCUGAUGAAGGUCGAUGGAUUGACCAAUGAUGAGGUGAAAAGCCAUCUCCAGAAGUACAGGUUGCACACGCGGCGGCCGAUGCAGGCGCCGCCGACUCCGGUGACCGCGGCUCCUCAGCUUGUUGUCCUAGGGGGCAUCUGGGUCCCUCCGGAGUACACGACGCAGUACGGCGCGCACCCGGCGACGCAGCCACACUACACAGCCGCGGUGGCGGCGCAGGAGUACUACCCGUCCCCCGCUGCGGUGCACCACCUGCAGCACCAUCCGGCCGCCGCCAUGAUGCACCGCGCGGCUCCAGCACCGCUGCCGCCUGGGUACAAGGCGGCGAUGGCGGUCUCGCCGCCGGGGUCAGAAGGGCGGGGCAGCGCGGGAGGUGGCAGCGUUGGCGGCGGUGGCGGCGGCGGAGGCAGGGAGAGGUCGGAGAGCAUCGAGGAGGAGGGCGAGGGUGAGGAGCGGGAUGAGGAGGAGGAGGACGACGACGACGACGAGAUGGCGGCCGCCAAGGCCAACGGCGAGGAGGCCGCCAGUGCAGGAGUCAUCAAAUACUAAUCAACAAAUUAAGUAGCGCGUACAACUAUUAGCUAGCUAGCUUAAUCACGAUUAAUUAAGCUUGUGCUGUUGCAUCAUCGAUCGGGAAAGUGAUUUUUUGUUCGCGCCCGCGCGGAGAACGGAAGCCGAUCGAUCUGAGAAUCUGAGAUUGCUCCACUCAACAAGUGGAGUGGAGCGGAGCGAGUGUCCGAGAUUGUCUCAUUCGUGAUGUGAUACAUGCAUUUGCGAGGGGCUUUUCUUUUCUUUUCUUUUCUUUUACUUUCUUCUGGGCUUGGCGUAUUGGUCUAGUAAAUAUGUGGUAGAAAUAUGAUCAGUUAUGUAAACUUGGUUGGAGCUAGAGAUAAUUCGGAAAUGUUGGCUGAACUUUAGUGUGUGUUUAUGUCUUGGUUAUGAUUGUAUCA